AUGGCGCGGCACAGUAGCUACUACACGCUCCAGCAGGCAGCAGGCAUACUCCGUCCAUCCAUAGCAAUAGCAACCGCUGCAGCAGCCGGAGGGUCAGAUUUUAUAAUCCAUCACUUCUCCACCCGACCCCAAUCGCCCUCCUCCCCAGCUGUGCCCGAGCUGGGAUGGGAGGCAAUGAUGGUGGUGGUGACCCCGCAGGACGCCGGCCGACCGACUGCGCGGUCGGAGCCCGCGGAGGUCACCGACGGCGCGUGCCGGUGGGCGGCCCCUAUCAUGGAGGCCACCAAGGUCCCCGCCGGCAAGGACAAGAUCUAUCAGUUCCUCGUCUAUGAGACCGGGUCGAGCAAGGCGGCGCUGCUGGGGGAGGCCACGGUGAACCUGGCGGAGUACGCCGACGCGUUGAAGCCGUCGGCGGUGACGCUCCCGCUCAAGGGCAGCCCCGGCGCGCUGCUGCACGUGACCAUCCAGCGGGUGGUGGGUGGCGCCGGUGGGUGUGGAGACGACGCGAGCGAGAACGGCAACGCCUCGCCGGUGGCAAAGACGCCACAGAGGAGAACCACACUGCAGAGCCAGCUGAGCCGGUUUGAGGACGAGGACGGCGAGAAGGCUAGAGCGGCCACGGAUGCAAUGAGUCCUGUGCAAGAUGGAUUGUUGUUAAGAAAACCUCCAGGCAUGAGGUUUCCAUCAACAAGAAAUGUGCCUAUGUCUGUUGACCCUGUCCCUGUGGGCCAUCUCCACAAUGGCAGCAGUUUCGAUGCCGUCUCGGUGUCUGGUUCAGAUGGAAGUUCUGGGAGAUAUACCCCCAAGAUUAGCGCAAGCAUGCACAACUCAUUUCUUCAGGAUAGUAGCAAUGCUCUCUCAUCAUUUGCCAACAAUGGCACCGUGAGGAACCCAUUGACCAGUUCAGGUGACUGGUCAGGAAGCUCAGCUCCUGAUGCUAGUACGGAUGGGUCAACGAGCAAUUCUGGCGAGGCAGGGUUAAGAGGGGAAGAUGAUGACGUGGAGAAGCUAAGAAGUGAGAUAGCCACUUUAACCAGGAAAUUGGAUGUCUCGGAUAUGGAGUUGCAGACUCUCCGAAAGCAAAUUGUGAAGGAGAGUCUGCGUGGGCAAGAUCUCUCCAAGGAGAUGAGUAGCCUGAGGGAGGAGAGGGAUGCACUCAGAAGAGAAUGUGAAGGACUCAGAGGGGCAAAGAAGACGAUCCAUGAUUCAAAUGGCUCAGGGAAACGGCUCUCAGAUGGGGAUGACCCAUGGUCACAGAUUGAAGAACUGAAGCAAGAUCUGAGUCACGAGAAGAAUCUAAAUGCGGAUCUUCGUCUACAACUGCAAAAGAUGCAGGAAUCCAACUCUGAGCUGCUUCUGGCUGUGAAAGAUCUUGAUGAGAUGUUGGAGCAAAAGAACAGAGAGAUUUCCAUUUUGCAAGAGGAUACACGGGAUGAUCCACAGGAGGCAGAAUAUGAGCAUGCACUGUCAAAUGUGCACAAUUCUGGACACAAAAUAGCCUUAUGUGAGACGAGUUCAUACCAAGAGAAGGAAGAUGAGCUUAUGCUGGAUGCACUAGCAAAGAAGCGUGAUGACAUCUCUACCUCUGAGCUUGAAAAGAAAAUCCUUGAGUUGAGCAAUGAAAUUGAGUUGUACAAGAAAGAUCGUGAGGAUAUCGAGAUGCAAAUGGAGCAACUUGCACUUGAUUAUGAGAUUCUAAAGCAAGAGAACCAUGACAUAUCUACAAGGCUGGAGCAAACACAACUGAGGGAGCAGCUAAGGAUGCAAUAUGAGUGUUCAGCUCAUUUGGCUAUUAUAAGUGAUCUUGAGGCCAAUGUUGAGAGCUUGGAUAAUGAACUCCAGACACAGGCUAAAAAGUUUGAGGCUGACAUAGCAGAAAUAAUGAGUGCAAAGGUGGAACAAGAGCAACGGGCCAUUAAGGCUGAGGAUUCUUUGAGGAAGAUAAGAUGGAAUAAUGCAACUACUGCAGAACGACUUCAGGAGGAAUUCAAGGUGUUGUCUUCACAAGUAUCUUCUGCAUUCAGUGCAAAUGAACGACACCUUGUGCAAGCAAGAAAAGAGGUUGCGGAGCUGCAGCUGCAGAAGAGCCAGUUAGAAGAGUUACUGCAGAAGGCCCAAGGUGAUCUUGGAUCAGUUCAGGAUCAGCACCGGGUGAAGGUCCAACAGUUAAUAACCCUAGUGGAUUUCAAGUCAAAGGAGAUAGAUAGGCUACUGAUGGAGCUAAAAAGCAAGAGUGAGGAGUUCCAUAACCAAAAAAGAUGCGAUGAAGCAAGGCUGAAUGCUCUGUCAGAAGAAAUCGACCUACUCAAUGCCAAGAUCGACAAGCUAUCCAGUGAGAGAAACGACCUCUUUGAAAAGAAUGAGCAGAAAGAUAAGGAAUUAGCUGGAAUUAGUGAAAAGGACAUGCAAUUGCAAGACAAAAGUGCUGAGAUUACUUCACUAAAUAAAGAGCUUGUAUCUCUCAAGGACCAAGUGAAGAUGCAUUUGGACGAACUACACAAUUUAAAACGUUUGAAGAACGAGAAGGAGACAAUUGGAAAGCUGCAAAUAGAUAUUGGGUCACUAAAACUUCAGUGUGACAACUUGAAAACUUUGCUGUCCAAGAAAGAGUCUGAGAAAGACAACCUUGCUUCUCAGGUGCUGAAGCUGAGAAGAUCCCUUGAAACCCGGGAAGGGACAAAGGCAAAUGGUCAAAAUUCAGAUGUGAAGGACAAUCAGCAUACUAAUAAUAAGCGCAUCACACACAAUACCGGCUCCACUGGGAGCAUUACUGCACUGCCAGGCACCAACAGACAGGGUGAAGACGGUGACUGCAACGGGCAUGACAUGAGGAACUGGGCCGAUCAGUCAGCAAAGGAGCUGGCCUCACUGAAGGAGAGGAACAAGGCGAUGGAGGAGGAGCUGAAGGAGCUGCAUGAACGGUACUCGGAGAUUAGCCUGAAGUUCGCUGAGGUGGAAGGCGAGCGGCAGCAGCUCGUGAUGACCGUUCGGUCGCUGAAGAACUCCUUGCGGUGA